CCAAGCUUGUACGUCUUCUCUUGCCGUAGUGUCUGGAACCGGAAGUUACCCCAGGCGUGCUCUUGGUUUUCGGGUGAGAACUGGUCUGGGUGUCCAUGUGGGAGCUGCUGCUAAGAUUUUGGGUUCCAAGCCCUGCCGAAGUCGAGUUCCCGCCCGUGUUUCAGGAAUUCUCUAGCGUGAGAGAUGACGUCCUUAGCCCAGCAACUGCAACGACUCGCCCUCCCUCAAAGUGAUCCCAGCCUCUUAUCUAGAGAUGAAGUUGCCUCUUUAUUGUUUGACCCCAAGGAAGCGGCCACCGUCGAUAGGGACACCGCCUUUGCCAUUGGAUGCACUGGCCUGGAGGAGCUACUUGGAAUCGACCCUUCCUUUGAGCAGUUUGAAGCACCCUUGUUCAGCCAGCUGGCAAAAACCUUGGAGCGCAGCGUUCAGACUAAAGCAGUGAACAAACAGCUGGAUGAAAACAUUUCGUUAUUCCUUAUUCACCUGUCCCCUUACUUCCUGCUGAAGCCAGCACAGAAGUGUCUGGAGUGGUUGAUUCGCAGGUUCCACAUCCACCUUUAUAAUCAAGAUAGCCUCAUUGCUUGUGUUCUACCGUACCACGAGACAAGAAUAUUUGUGCGGGUCAUACAGCUUCUAAAAAUUAAUAAUUCAAAGCACAAAUGGUUCUGGUUGUUGCCCGUUAAGCAAUCUGGAGUGCCCUUAGCUAAAGGAACCUUGAUUACCCACUGCUACAAAGAUCUUGGGUUCAUGGAUUUCAUUUGUAGUCUGGUAACAAAGUCUGUGAAGGUUUUUGCUGAGUAUCCUGGGAGUUCGGCUCAGUUGAGGGUGCUCUUAACUUUUUAUGCUUCUACCAUCGUGUCUGCCCUGGUGACUGCUGAGGACAUAUCCGACAACGUAGUUGCCAAGCUCCUCCCGUAUAUCCAAAAGGGAUUGAAAUCAUCUUUACCAGAUUACAGAGCUGCAACAUAUAUGAUAAUAUGUCAGAUUUCUGUGAAAGUGACAAUGGAAGAUACCUUCGUUAAUUCGUUGGCUUCACAGAUCACCAAAACAUUGACCAAAACUCCUUCUUUAGUCAAGGAUGGACUAGGUUGCUUGAUAGUGCUCCUGCAGAGACAGAAGCUGGAGAGUCUUGGGAAAAAGCCAUUUCCUCACUUGUGUAACGUUCCUGAUCUUAUUACCAUCCUUCAUGGAAUUUCUGAAACCUAUGACAUCAGUCCUCUUCUGCGUUACAUGCUGCCCCAUCUGGUCGUCUCCAUCAUUAAUCAUGUUGCAGGAGAAGAAACUGAAGGGCUGGAUGGCCAAAUCUACAGGAAACAUUUAGAAGCUAUACUUACAAAUAUAUCACUGAAGAACAACGUGGACCAUCUGUUGGCUAGCCUUCUUUUUGAAGAGUAUAUUUCAUACAGUUCACAGGAAGAAAUCGAUCCUAAUAAAGUAUCUUUGCUUAAUGAACAGUUUCUUCCACUUAUCAGACUUUUAGAAAGCAAAUAUCCCAGAACAUUAGAUGUUGUCUUAGAGGAACGCCUAAAAGAAAUUACAGACCUAAAAAAACAAGAGCUUUUCCACCAAUUUAUCUCUCUUUCUACAAGUGGAGGAAAAUAUCAGUUUUUAGCAGAUUCUGAUACCUCCCUGAUGCUCAGUCUGAAUCAUCCACUUGCCCCUGUGAGACUUCUGGCCAUUAAUCACCUGAAAAAUAUCAUGAAAACAUCAAAGGAGAGUAUCGAUGAGUCUUUCAUAAAAGAAGCUGUUUUAACACGAUUAGGUGAUGAUAGUAUAGACGUUGUUUUGUCAGCUGUAAGUGCUUUUGAGAUUUUCAAGCAACACUUUAGUCCUGAAGUGACUGUUUCAAAUCUUCUGAAUCUCUUUCGAAGAGCAGAACUUUCGAAAAAUAGGGGAUGGUACAAGGUACUAGAGAUUGCAGCAGACAUACUGAUUAAAGAAGAAAUACUGAGUGGAAAUGAGGUAUUGGCAAACCAGGUGGCUGUGCAUCUGCUUCCGUUUAUGGUCAUCGACAAUGAUGACAUGGAGUCCGCUGGGAUGAAAAUGGCUACUUAUUUAGCAAAAUCAGGAAUUUGCUCUCUGCACCCUGUACUAAGAGGCUGGAAAGGAGCUCUUGAAAAUGUAAUUAAAAAUACAAAGUCAGGAAAGCUAAUUGGUGUAGCAAAUAAGAAGAUGGUCGAGUUGUUGGCUGACAACAUAAAUUCAGGGGAUCCUUCUUCAAUGUUAAAGAUGGUGGAGGAUUUAAUCAGCAUUGCGGAAAAGGAGUCCUUUACCCCAAAGCAAAAAGUGACUUUUCACGUGAUCAUGGCCGUGCUCAUCUCUUGCUGUUCAUCUUUAAAAGAAACUCACUUUCCAUUUGCGAUAAGAGUCUUCGGUUUGCUGCAGGAGAAAAUAAAGAAGCUUGGGAGUGUCAUUACUGCAGUGGAAAUCCCCUCAGAUUGGCAUAUUGAGCUGAUGACUGACAGAGGGAUGCCAGCGGAGCUGUGGGCACAUUACAUACAACAGGUCAACACUGCCCAGAGGAUUGCCGUGGAGGACUCCGUGCUACUCGUAUUUUCGCUGAAAAAUUUUAUUCACACCCUAAAGGCUCCUAAAUCUUUCCCUAAAGGUGACGUGUGGUGGAGUCCUGAGCACCUGGAGGAAGACAGCCGAGACUACCUCCGCUUGCUCAUCGGGCUCUUUGAGACGCUCCUCACGGGAGCUGACGCUGUUCACUUCAGAGCCCUCAUGAAACUUUUCAUAAAGGAACAUCUAGAAGAUGUUUUCCAGUUAUUCAAGUUCUUUUCUGUUUUAUGGACCUAUGGUUCUAGCCUUUCAAAUCCACUGAAGUGCGGUGUGAGGACUGCUCUGCAGACUCAAGCUCUUUAUGCAGGCUAUGCACUGCUGUCCUCACAGAAGCCUCAGUGUAAGCACCACCUGGCGUCCAUGUCUUCUCCAGUGGUGCCAUCGCUACUCCUUAAUCUGGGAAGCCCCAUAAAAGAAGUACGAAGGGCGGCCAUUCAUUGUCUGCAGGCCCUCAACGGGGUGGCUUCCCAGUUUCACCUGGUAAUUGAUCACUUGGUCCCUAAAGCAGAGGAGAUCACCUCAGAUGCCACCUACGUCAUUCAGGAUUUGGCGACUUUAUUUGAGGAACUACAGAGAGAAAAGAAGCUGAAAUCUCAUCAGAAGUUGUCUGAAACUUUGAAAAACCUACUUUAUUGUGUCUAUAAUUCCCCUUCUUAUGUUGCAAAAGGUCUGAUGAAAGUGCUUCAGGAAGUCAGCAGUGAGAUGGUGCUUUCUCAGCUAUUGCCUGUGAUUGAACAACUGUUAGAAAAGAUCCAGAAGGAGCCCACAGCUGUCCUGCAAGAUGAGGCCAUUGUUUUGCAUCUCACUCUGGGGAAAUAUAAUGAAUAUUCAGCUUCCCUUUUACAUAAGGACCCAAAGAGUCUAGAUAUAUUUAUAAAAGCUGUGCACACAACAGAGGAACUUGGCACAGGAAUGCCAACCAUUCAGGUUACAGCCCUUGAAAAGAUUACGAAGCCAUUUUUUGCAGCUAUUUCAGAUGAAAAAGUUCAGCAGAAGUUUUUGCACAUGUUGUUUGACUUAUUGGUGAACUGUAAAAAUUCACAUUGUGCUCAGACUGUUAGCAGUGUUUUUAAAGGGAUUUCCGUGAAUGCUGAACAAGUCAGAACAGAACUGGAGCCACCAGAUAAAACUAAGUCCUUGGGCACAAUCCAGCAAACCAGGAGGCAGAAAAUGCAGCAGAAAAAAUCACAAGAUCUAGAAUCGGUUCAGGAAGUGGGAGGUUCUUACUGGCCAAGAGUAACCCUCAUCCUAGAAUUACUGCAGCACAAAAAGAAACUCAAAAACCCUCAAAUACUGAUACCGACUCUUUUCAACCUGUUGGCAAGGUGUUUAGAACCUUUGCCACCAGAGCAGGGAAAUAUGGAGUACACCAAACAGUUAAUUCUGAGUUGUUUGCUCAACAUCUGCCAAAAGCUCUCUCCAGAUGGCGGCAAAAUACCAAAAGACGUGCUAGAUGAGGAGAAGUUCAAUGUGGAACUGAUCGUCCAGUGCAUCCGCGUUUCCGAGAUGCCACAGACCCAUCACCACGCCCUUUUACUUCUGGGAACUGUGGCCGGAAUAUUUCCUGAUAAAGUUCUACACAACAUCAUGUCCAUUUUUACAUUUAUGGGAGCCAAUGUCAUGCGUCUAGAUGAUACUUACAGUUUUCAAGUUAUUAGCAAGACAGUGAAAAUGGUUAUUCCAGCACUUAUUCAGUCUGAUGGGGGAGGCUCUGUAGAAGCCACAAGAAACGUGGAAGACGUGGUGGUGAAGAUCAUGAGCGUGUUUGUGGACGCGCUGCCACACGUGCCGGCCCACAGGCGCCUGCCCAUCCUGGUGCAGCUCGUUGACACCCUCGGCGCACAGAGGUUCCUCUGGCUUCUCCUCGUCUUGCUGUUUGAACAGUACGUCACUAAGACAGUCUUGGCGGCUGCCUGCGGAGAAAAGGAUGCUAUUUUAGAGGCAGACACUGAAUUUUGGAUUUCAGUCUGCUGUGAAUUUAGUGUCCAGCAUCAGAUACAAAGCUUGAUGAAUAUCCUCCAGUACUUAAUAAACCUGCCAGAGGAAAAAGAAGAAACCAUUCCCAAAGCUGUAUCUAAUAAGAGCGAAUCACAAGAAGAAAUGCUACAGAUUUUUAAUGUAGACACUCACACUAGCAAGCAACUGCGACACUUUAAGUUUUUGUCAGUGUCCUUCAUGUCUCAGCUCCUGGCUUCCAAUCAUUUUAUCAGAAAGGUAGUUGAAAGUGGUGGUCCUCAGGUUUUAAAAGGCCUUGAACAGAGGUUGCUAGAAGCAGUUCUUGGCUACAUUAAUGCCGUCGCACAGUCCGUGGAGAAAAACGCAGACAAACUCACCGUGAAGUUUUGGCGAGCGCUCCUCAGUAAAGCUUAUGACAUGUUAGAUAAGGUCACUGCGUUGCUGCCCACAGAAACCUUCAUCCCUGUGAUUAGAGGGCUGCUGAGUAACCCACUGCCCUCUGUUCGCCGCAAAGCAAUGGAUCUUUUGAACAACAAGCUACAGCAGAAUGUAUCCUGGAAGAAGAAAACCGUUUACCAUUUCCUAAAACUGGUUCCAGUCCUUUUGGCCAUUGUGCAGCGUAAAAAAAAGGGAGUAGAAGAACAAGCAGUAAACAGACAGACAGCUUUGUAUACCCUCAAGCUUUUAUGCAAGAAUUUUGGUGCAGAAAACCCAGAGCCUUUCGUCCCAGUGCUGAACACCGCGGUGCAGCUGAUUGCGCCAGAAAAGAAGGAAGAGAAGAACGUGCUGGGAAGUGCCCUGCUGUGUGUGGCGGAGGUGGCCUCCACGCUGGACGCACUGGCCAUCCCCCAGCUGCCCAGCCUGAUGCCAUCCUUGCUGACAACAAUCCAAAGCAGUGAGCUGCUGCCUGGCGACGUCUAUCUGCUCAGCGCUUUGGCGGCCCUGCAGAAGGUGGUUGAGACUCUCCCCCACUUCAUCAGCCCAUACCUAGAAGGUGUCCUGUCACAGGUGAUCCACUUGGAGAAAAUCACUAGUGAAAUGGGUUCAGCCUCACAAGCUAAUGUCCGUCUCACGGCUCUUAAAAAGACGCUGGCUACCACUCUCUCACCCCGAGUCCUGCUGCCAGCCAUCAGCAAAACGUACAAGCAGAUUGAGAAGAACUGGAAGAAUCACAUGGGCCCAUUUAUGAGCAUCUUACAAGAGCACAUCGGGGUCAUGAAGAAGGACGAGCUCACCUCCCAUCAGGCUCAGCUCACCGUAUUUUUCUUGGAGGCCCUGGACUUCCGAGCACAGCACCCUGAGAAUGAUCUGGAAGAAGUUGGGAAAACAGAAAAUUGUAUCAUUGACUGUCUGGUAGCUAUGGUUGUAAAACUUUCUGAAGUCACAUUCAGACCUCUGUUUUUCAAGCUAUUUGAUUGGGCUAAGACAGAGGAUGCCCCAAAGGACAGACUAUUGACAUUUUACAACUUGGCCGAUUGCAUCGCUGAAAAACUGAAAGGGCUUUUCACUCUGUUCGCUGGCCACUUAGUGAAGCCUUUUGCUGACACCUUGAACCAGGUGAACAUCUCCAAAACAGAUGAAGCAUUUUUUGACUCUGAAAAUGACCCUGAAAAGUGCUGCUUGCUAUUACAGUUUAUUUUGAACUGUUUAUAUAAAAUCUUCCUUUUUGACACUCAGCAUUUUUUAAGUAAAGAGAGAGCAGAAGCCUUGAUGAUGCCCCUGGUGGAUCAGCUGGAAAACAGACUUGGAGGAGAAGAGACUUUCCAGGAACGGGUGACACAGCACCUGGUUCCGUGCAUUGCACAGUUCUCGGUGGCCAUGGCAGAUGAUUCUCUCUGGAAACCACUGAACUACCAGGUUCUGCUGAAGACAAGAGACUCCUCACCCAAGGUUCGAUUUGCUGCCCUGAUAACCGUAUUAGCACUGGCUGAGAAACUAAAGGAGAAUUACAUCGUCUUGCUACCAGAAUCCAUUCCUUUCUUAGCUGAGUUGAUGGAAGAUGAAUGUGAAGAAGUAGAACAUCAGUGUCAAAAGACUAUUCAGCGGCUGGAAGCUGUACUGGGAGAGCCGCUCCAGAGCUACUUCUGAAAUUUUCAUUUUUUGAUGUUUCAUACUCUGUUCAGAGUUUGGAUUUAUAUAUUUUUAUUUGGGGUUGUGUGGUACCAUGUUACUUUUGGUGCCUAAACACCUACUUGGACUUCACAAAAUUCCUAUCCGGUGUAUGUUCCAUAUAGGCCUCUCCUGCCAGUUGUAUGGAAUUGCAAAAAGAGUCAAUGAUAUGUGGUGGUUUUAUACAGACGGCUGUGUUUCUUUAAAUCUUUGUUACAGUCAUUCUUAACUGGUGUUAUUAAUAUCACAGACACGUUUAGUCUUAGCACCCAAAGCUCACGAUUUCUCAGACUGUAAAGCCUUAACUCUUCUGUAAAGGAAUGUCUUGUGCACAUGGUAUCCAGGUCAGAGAUUUUGUUCGAAGUAUUCAACUUUUCUUCAAGAAAAUGGGUUACUCAGCAGUUAAAGAAUGCUUCUGACUGUAAAGACAUUUGGAUUUUUACUUUUCCUUUUGGGUGGAUGAUACUUCAGCCUUAACUUUUUUCUGUGUGCCCAUGGAGGGAGGUAGUUCUGGAAUGUGCUUUUCAGUCAGGACUGAUUGUCUCCUUUAUCCUUCAGUCUUUUGCGGGAUGGAGGGGGAGAGGCAACAACAGGCUGUUUAUGAAGCGACCCACAGCCGACCGAUCCCACAAGCAGGAAAGGCCCAGAAACGCCAAGGGCGUGAGGGGCCCCCAGGAGAGAAUGAUCAUUUUCCCAUUGGUGGUUAGCCAGGAAUUACUCGUAUGAGAAAGAAAGAAAGUGCUACAUUCUUUUCAGAGCUUUGAAGUUCUCUCAUCUCUACUGUGUCACAGUGAAGCUGGAAAGUGAUGGCUCAAAUUAAACAACUCCGCCUUUAUUUAUUUUAUUUACGAGUAUGCCUUUUUAAACUUUAUAGCAUCUGAGAACUGCCCCACAGAAUGUUCUAAUUGAGUUUGAAAGCCUUUGGUCGAAUUUAAUAAAGAAACUUAGUGCAGGCAGUGACACUGCAGCAAAAGGCUGACGCACAGUUUAGAGGCAGCACACUGGAAUGUGUAUGCCUCUUCAGGAAAUGUUUUGGUAAAAUUCGGCCAUAAGUGCUGAUAACUUCAUUUCAAAAAACAUGGUAAGCUAUUGUAUUUAUUCUAUCAAAGAAACAGUCUUAGGUCUUAGUUGUAUCUCCAGGUCAAACGAAAAUGAACUGUGUUUAAGACUGAGAGGAAAAUCCCAGUCAUGCAACCUGAUGUUCUCUUAUGAAGGAAACAAUUACCCUGCCUUCUACCACUUUCCCAAACUGCUGCCCCCACCCAUGUUUUUUUGAGUUUGGCAAGACUCAGCAUAAUGAAUUAACAUGAAAAGGUGGAAAGGAAUUAAGUGCUAGAAGUUCCUAUACUGAGCACUUUUAAAAAGUAAGAUUGGUAAUAGUAUUCCUUUCAGUAUAUGGAUACAAAUAAUAUCUAACUGAAAUCUGUUAGGAAAAUACUAAAUCCUGGCAGAAUCCCACCCAGCAAUUUAAUAUGAUAAAAUGA